AUGACAAUGAUGACCAUUAAUUUGGAAUGUGAUAAUAAUAAUAAUAUUGGAAAUGCCAACGAUAAUGAUGGUUAUGAUGAUGAUGAAUAUGAAGAAAAAGAAGAUCCAUUUAGUCCGAAAUGUCGAAUACCAUUACCGAAUUUAUAUGGUGGUGGUAAUCAUAAUUAUUUUGAUUCAACUACAUUCAUUAAACGCCGUAAUGAACGUGAAAGAACCAGAGUUCGUAAUGUUAAUGAUGGAUUCGAACGUCUACGUAAUCAUUUACCAUUGUUACCGGAUCAACGUGAUAAACGAUUAUCUAAAGUUGAAACUCUUCGUUUAGCAAUUUCGUAUAUUAAACAUCUUGAAAAUCUUUUAGAAUCAUGAUCUAAGAAGGAAGCGAACAAUGAACAAAAAAAAAUUAAUUCAAAUUACGGCCUUCAUCACUAAACAUCGAUUAUAUCGAU